AACGCUUUGUCUUGGUUUGGUCCUUCUACCCCGUGGGUAACGUUAGGCAUGCUAAGGCAACAACCACAUUUGAUGUGUAGCGCUUUUUAAACAUAUUUUAGUUGAUAACAUUAACGUUAAACCCGAUAACACAGAGCAGCUCAAGAGUGAUGUCCUCAUGAGGUGAUGCUGCAUGUGUUGCGCUGUCCUCUGCAGAGGACUCUCAUUUCUCUUCAAUGGACAUGUUUACGCUCUCUCUGCUCCACCAAGCCUCGCUCUUUUCAGGGCGAGGACUCCACAGAGAUCCGCCUGAACCCCCUUAAGAUUCAGAUGCUGUCAGAGAACCUCCACAGGCAGAUCUUUCGAGGGCUGGAACCAGAGUACAGAGAGGACGAUGUGGAGCGCAGCAUCAGGCACCUGCAGAAACACCAGCUGUGGGGGAAGGAAACGUCACUGUUGCCUGAUGUGGAGCUGAAGCUUCCCCACAUGUAUGGCAAAAAUAUUGAUGAGCACUUUCGUAUCUUGGCCGAGAAGCAGAGUCUUCCCUACCUUGAGGCUGCAUCCAAGCUACAGCAGGCUGAGCUCCCUCCCAUGCCAGCGAAGUGGAUCUGGGAGGUUGGCUGGACACGCUAUGGGCCCAAUGGGGAGAGUCAGAAAGUUGAUUUCCCAGAGGAGUCAGCACUGGUGUUUGAUGUGGAGGUGUGCAUGACGGAGGGGCAGUGUCCCACACUGGCUGUUGCUGUGUCUCCCACGAACUGGUACUCCUGGUGCAGUAAGCGUCUGAUUGAAGAGCGGUACUCCUGGUCAAACCAGUUGACCCUUGCUGAUCUCAUCCCACUGGAGACACCUAUCAACCCUGUCCACCCACCAGAGUCUCAGUGGAAGGAGAGGCUCAUAGUUGGCCAUAAUGUCAGUUUUGACCGAUCUUACAUUAAGGAGCAAUACUUACUAAAGGGUUCAAAGGUACGCUUCAUGGAUACCAUGAGCCUUCACAUGGCCAUCUCUGGGUUGACUGGGUUCCAGCGCACGCUGUGGAUGGCCAAUAAGCUGGGUAAAAGGAGGGGUCUUCAGGAGGUCAAGGCUCACAUUAAGAAAGCUGGGCAGAAAAGGGACGGCCCAAUGAUUGGCUCUUGGGACUGGGUGAAUAUUAGCAGCAUUAAUAACCUGGCUGAUGUCCAUGCUCUGUAUGUGGGAGGGCCGCCACUGCAGAAAGAGGCCAGAGAGACUUUUGUGAAGGGCAGCAUGGUGGAUGUCAGGAACAACUUUCAGGAAUUAAUGCAGUAUUGCGCCCUGGAUGUUCAAGCCACACAUCGAGUUUUCACAGAACAGCUACCUCUCUUCAUGGAGAGGUGCCCUCAUCCAGUGACGUUUGCAGGAAUGCUGGAGAUGGGUGUGAGCUACCUCCCUGUCAAUCAAAACUGGGGGCGUUACCUGGAAGAUUCUCAGGACGUUUAUGAAGAGCUUCAGAGAGAGAUGAAGAAGUCUCUGAUGACUCUUGCAGAUGAUGCGUGCCAGCUGCUGAAGGAUGACAGAUACAAAGAAGACCCCUGGCUUUGGGAUCUUGAAUGGGAUGUGCAGGAUUUCAAGCUGAAGAAAGUAGCAGCCAGCAAGAAGAGACUCUCCAAAAAAGCAGCUGAAACACAAGUUUCUACUCCUCUUCCAGACUGGGAGGGAGGUAUAAGCUCAGACCCAGGUCCACCCUCUGAAGAGGAGAUGGCAAGCCCUUGCCCCAGCAGGCUGGCGGUGGAGAAGAUGAAGGAAACCGUGAAUCGACUUCCUAAGAGAAGGCUACAUCUGCCUGGACAUCCUGGGUGGUAUCGUAAGCUGUGCGAGAAGAUGUCUGAGGGGGACAGCUGGUCACCUGGAGCCGGCCUCAUCAGUCUACAGAUGAGAGUGACUCCUAAGCUGAUGGGUCUGACGUGGGAUGGUUUCCCCCUGCAUUACACAGAGAAACAUGGGUGGGGCUACCUGGUACCUGGGCGCAGGGAUAACCUGGUAUCUCAGGAGGAAAAUACAGGCCCUGUGUGCCCACACAGAGCUAUUAAGGGUGUUUACAGAGAGUAUUGUGAGCAGAACAGCAAACAGCAACCUGAAUAUCUGGAUAGCAGCCCUUCAGAGGACCUCAUGUGGACAGACAGCACAGUGUGGGCAAAGGUGGAGGAGUUAAGUUCCCUGGAAAGUCUGACAGAGGAAAAUGGAGUCAGAGUGACAAAAAAUGGGAAGAGGAAGGACAACAGGUCUGAAGAUCCACAUUAUGUCUCAGAGGAGAGUCACUGCCAUUAUCACCAUGGAAAUGGCCCCUACAACGAUGUAGAUAUUCCAGGGUGCUGGUUUUUCAAAUUACCUCAUAAGGAUGGUAAUCACAACAAUGUUGGCAGUCCUUUUUCAAAAGACUUCCUGUCCAAGAUGGAGGAUGGCACUCUCAGGGCAGGACGGGGUGGAGCCAACGCUGCACGAGCUCUGGAGAUCAACAAGAUGAUGUCCUUCUGGAGGAACGCCCAUAAACGCAUAAGCUCGCAGAUGGUGCUAUGGCUGCAAGAGAAUGAGCUUCCUUCUAUUGUCAGCGGACACAAAGAGUUUGAUAAAGAGGGCCGGUAUGGUGCCAUAUUACCUCAGGUCAUCACUGCUGGAACGGUAACACGUAGGGCUGUGGAGCCAACCUGGCUGACUGCCAGUAAUGCACGGCGGGAUCGAGUUGGCAGUGAGCUGAAGGCCAUGGUGCAGGUACCACCUGGAUAUCACCUGGUGGGAGCAGAUGUGGACUCUCAAGAGUUGUGGAUCGCUGCUGUGCUUGGGGAGGCCCACUUUGCUGGCAUGCACGGUUGUACAGCAUUUGGCUGGAUGACCCUUCAGGGAAAGAAGAGUCACGGCACUGACCUACACAGCCGCACUGCUGCCACUGUGGGCAUCAGCCGAGAGCACGCCAAGGUGUUCAACUAUGGACGCAUUUAUGGUGCAGGGCAACCCUUUGCUGAGAGGCUGCUAAUGCAGUUCAACCACCGCCUUUGUCAGACAGAAGCUGCCAGUAAGGCCAGGCAGAUGUAUGCCUUAACAAAGGGCGUACGCAGCUACCAUCUGACAGAGGAGUGCGAGUGGCUGGUCAGUGAACUGGGUAUAAAGGUGGAGAGGGAGGAAAAUGGAAGCGUCACCCUGCAGGAGUUGCGGAAGAUCAGUAGACUGGUCUCAAAGUGCUCUCGGCGGAAGAGGUGGGACAUGGUGGAAAAACGUCAGUGGGCUGGAGGAACGGAGUCGGACAUGUUCAAUAAGCUGGAGAGCAUCGCUCACUCAGCCCAGCCAGCCACUCCUGUUCUAGGCUGCAGGAUUAGCAGAGCGCUGGAGCCCAAGGCAGUUAAGGAUGAGUUUAUCACGAGCAGAGUGAACUGGGUGGUCCAAAGCUCUGCAGUGGACUACCUCCAUCUGAUGCUGGUGGCCAUGAAGUGGCUCUUUGAGGAGCACGACAUUGAUGGCCGUUUCUGCAUCAGCAUCCACGACGAGGUGCGGUACCUGGUCUGCAGCGAAGACCGUUACAGAGCAGCGCUGGCACUUCAGAUCACAAACCUGCUCACAAGGAGCGUGUUCGCACAUGCGUUAGGCAUGAAGGACCUUCCCCAGUCAGUGGCGUUCUUCAGUUCAGUCGACAUUGACCAGUGUCUGAGGAAGGAGGUCACCAUGGACUGUGUAACCCCCUCCAACCCGACAGGUCUGGAAAGAAGAUACGGCCUAAAAUCAGGCGAGGCCUUGGACAUCUACCAAAUCAUCGACAUCACUAAAGGCUCUCUAAACAAAACGGCAGUUCACACACAAAAUUGCCAAGAGGAAGUUGAGCAGCUUGUCAGAGUUGAAGAUCACCGAGGAGAUGUGUAAAUCAAACAGGAGUCUUGGCUCACUGUUUUCUCUUCUUCUGUUUGGGUUCUUGUGUCUCUUCUGCAUCCUGUGACUCUGUGGUCUGAAAGGGAUGGAAGAAGAAAAACAGACACUGAGAUCCCACCCAGAAGCUUACUGGAAUGUCCAAGGGAAUUAAAUGUUCAAAACACAUGGGAAAAGCAUUUCAAUCUCAGCAGAUUUACUGACUUGUGUAAAGCUGCUUGUUACAGAAUGAGACUGCACUUACUUCCUGACUGUUGUCCUGCUCCUGCAAGGCUGCGUCCAGAGUAGCAGGGUUGAUGCGGAAGUCUCUUGAGGUGCUCAGCUUCAUGUACUGCAUCAGAUUAACCUGGAGAAACAUGCACACAGACGUUGGUGCAACACUGUUUAUGAGGGGCCUAUUUGAUGUCACAGUUUUCUGCGUUUUGCUCAGUGUUCUGUUUUUACGUUUAAGUAUGUAUGUAUUUCUGAGAAUCAUAUUUUGUCAACUGUCUUAAGCAAUCCAGUUCACACAUACCUUUGAUUUCUUUGAGAGUGUGAUGAGGUAUUUCUCAUACUGCUCAAUGCUGAAGAUCAAGUUAGGGAUGGCCUUUGUCUCACGCAGAAGUUUUGACUGUAAAGAGAAAAAUGGAGAUUUUUAUUCUGAUUGGAUUCAUUCAAAACAGAGUUGUCUGAGGCUCAGAAGUCUUUAGUUGUACAGUGUAAUAAUAAAAAUAAUAAUAAAAAACCUGUUAUAAUCAA